UGUAUAGGGCUUUUAGGGGGUCCGAUUGAUGCAUCUUUCGUCUACCAUUCGAUCUGACGUAAGGUCUUGAGAUCCAAAGCUCCCUUGAUCUGGGAAUCCAUGUCAUAUUGGUCACAAGCAGGGGGUGAACUCCUCCUCUCCCAUUGGAGAAGUUCCGUGGAGAAUGCCAAUGUCGAUCAAAUGACGUGUUGCAUCCUCAACCAACACAGGACGAUAUCUUUGCACAAGCUUUAUGUUAAAGUUGACUCUUGACUUAUCCCUCAAGCCAAGCAAGCUUCUACGCCUUCGACCACCAUCAUGACAUUCAGAAACCUCAACGAAACCUGGCGAGACGUCGUCUUCCGAACAUACGCCCAAGACCACCAAGACGAUGUUCCCUUCCCCAUUAAAUAUCUCAUACAUGCUCCUGAGUGGAAGAGAGACAUUCUCAUCGAGGUUCCUAAAAAGAUCGACGUCAAGGCCUAUCGCCACUCCGUGCUCAAAUGCACCAUCGACCUGCGUUUCCAAGACCCUGUCUAUGAUGACGAGUAUAUAUCGGUUCGGCCGCGUGUGAGGAAAUAUAACAUUGACAAGGGUCGGGAGAAGGCACUUGAAGGGGAGGCUAGUCAGGGCGAUGCUAGUGUUGAACGUAGUGAUUCUUGAACUACAGGGCACGAUCGGUCUUGGUCGAAAAGCUGUCAUUGGGAUAAGACGAGAUGCUCGGACUCAGUUGGACGUUCUUUGAUAAUGUCGAAUUGUAUCUACUCCGUGCUGUUCUAAAUAAUUAGCUACCGGAUAUGGUUCAAUCGUCUCAUAGAAAAAGAGUUGCGAUCAUUGCAAGUGUUGAAAGCCGCAUGGUCAAGACCAUGGGCACAUCCUUCAGAGCCAUGGAGCCGUUCUCGUCAUCAAAUUCCAUAUCGGGGUUCACCACAGCCUUGAUACAGUUCAUCUGGCUUUCGGGCUCGGGGAUGGUGUCGGAGUCUCCUGGGAAGAAGACAGUCAAGAUAGGAACCACACUGUUCACGUUUUCGUCGUCAUCUUCC